AAUUGGGCCCCAUAGUGGAAAAAUUGGCAUCGGACUCCCAGACUGCAGUGUGUGGCUUUGGUUCCUCUUCCUCAACCAACGUUUCCUUCGAGCGAUAAAAAUCCCCUUCUUCUCGUCGUCCUGAGCCCCAGCAAAAUCCCCAAAUCUCAUCAAUCUCUCGGUCUCCAAAAAAAAUCGAGUUCCCUUCUCUCAGAUCUGGGCUCCCUACCACUUCUCUCUAGCUGAUCUGGUGUAAUAGGAAGGAGCGCGCGUGCGAGGUUCCGCGCGUGCGGGCAGUAGGGAGGAGGAGCUGGAGGAGCCGCGCUGGGGAGGACGCGGCUAAGGCGGCGAGGCCCGCGAGGAGGCACGCCGGGAGGUUGGCGGGGUCCGCGGCAAGCACGCGCGCGAAGGAGUGCGGCGAUGGGAGGGACGGGGGCAGGUGCAGCGGGACGAGGAGCGUGCAGCCUGCGUCGGUGAGCAGCGUCGCCACCGCGUCGACGACAGCGAAGGGGGUGGAGGGGAGGGGAGGGAUGCAGGAACACUGCCUGCCUGCCUCUCACUUUCUCCCUUUUUUAAUCGGCUGGCAUCGACACAAGAAGUGAGCACACGUGUGCAAGCGAGCACCACACAAUCGAAAUCACAAUGGGCAAGGAAGGAGCAAGGUUCUACAAGACUUUGAUUUGAACAGAUACCUUGAAGAACAAAUACCCCACCAAGACUAUACCUAUCAACUGGUUCUGAGAGAUUUCGAUUUGAACCUCGUACCCCAGCAGGAAAUAGAGGUGGAGUGUCCCUACCAAGGUUCAGCAGCUUCCAAUGGUAAGCUCUAUUUUUCUAGCUUGUCCUCUAAAUACAUUGCUCUUCCCCGGGUGGAGUUUUGACAGCCUACCAGCCUGCCUCAUGCAUACGGCGAAGUAGAGGCAUAUCGACACAGAAAAUUGCAUCCCCUACGAGCUUGUCAACUAACGGGCCUAUGCAAUCUAGGAUCAUGACUUGGUCUUGCAAAGUCUUAUUCUCAGUUAUUAAUGUAAUUGUGCUUAUGUACAUCGUGGUUCUGUUGUGGAACGUUGCAAGGCACAAUCAGUUUUAUUUUAGUUUCAGUCCCCUGCAGCACAUGUUCCUAUUGCACUCUGUCAUUUUCUUAUCCUAUUUGAUCUUUUCUUCAGGUCAUAUUAUUAAAUAUUCUUGCAAGAAGGAACUCACUAAUGAUCAGCGAAAGGAAGUGUAUAAAGCUCUUGCUUUGAGAAGUACAAAAGGAAAGGUAUCACGGGAAAUUGUCAGGGACAUUGCAGCAUCAUUCUUAGUUAGUCCUCGAACAGUUUGGCGCAUUUGGCGGCGUGCAAGUCAAUGUUUCAAGCAGGGUGAGAAUAUAGAUGUCACUAAAAAGAGGUAUAACUGUGGUCAUAAAGAUCUCCUGGUUGAUCUAAGCAAGAUGCAAGAUAUCCCUGUUUCCAAGAGGACAACAUUGGAUGAUCUGUCAAGACACUUGCAUGUUAGCAAAACCAAAAUUUGGAAGCUUAAACAGCAAGGUCAGAUAAAGAGACACUCAAACACAAUAAAGCCGUUGUUAAAGGAUGAGAACAAGAAAGAAAGACUCAGGUGGUGUAUUUCCAUGCUUGAUCCAAGUAGCAUAAAUUGUGACCCAAUUUUCAAGGACUUCUCUGAUAUUGUGUAUAUAGAUGAAAAAUGGUUUUAUCUUACAAGGAAGACUGAGAGAUAUUAUCUUCUUCCAAAUGAAGAGGAGCCUAUUCGGACAUGUAAAAGUAAGAAUUUCAUCCUAAAGGUAAUGUUCCUCUGUGCUGUUGCUUGUCCAAGGAUGGCUAGUGAAGGAAAUUGCACAUUUGAUGGGAAAAUUGGGUGUUUUCCUAUGGUUACAUAUGAAGUUGCUAGAAGGUCAAGUAAAAAUCAGGUGGCGGGAACAUUAGAGAUGAAACCUAUUAUGUCAAUUACGAAAGAAGUGAUGCAGUCCUUUAUUAUUGAGAAAGUUCUCCCUGCAAUUCGAGCAAAGUGGCCAUCCGAGGACAUUGAGAAACCAAUAUAUAUCCAACAAGAUAAUGCUCGCCCUCAUGUUGAUCCUGGUGAUCCUUUAUUUUGUGAAGCAGCACAACAAUAUGGACUCAAUAUUCAACUAGUUUGUCAACCGCCAAAUUCGCCGGACUUUAAUAUCCUUGAUUUGGGCUUCUUCUCUGCUAUUCAGUCCAUCCAAUAUAAAAAGGCUGCUAGAACAGUACCUGAGCUUGUUGCUGCUGUUGAACAGGCAUUCCAAGAGUAUUCGCCAAUAUUAUCAAAUCGGAUGUUCUCGACAUUGCAGCUUGUCAUGAUAGAGGCGAUGAAAGUAGGAGGCGGCAAUAACUAUAAGAUCCCCCAUAUCAACAAAGCUUCAUUAGAAAGAGAAUACAACCUUCCAACCCAGAUGAAGUGUGAUCUCAAUUUGGUUCAGGAGGUAUGUAGGAAAAUUGAUUAAUUAAAUGGAGCUGCUGGUUCAUGUGAAGUUCAGAUGUCCAUAUUUUGCUUAAGGAUGUCCCUUGUCAACUUACUUUGCUGGAAUAUCCAUAUGCAAGUCUCUUUUGAUCGAUGUAGAUAUGUAUAGAGAAGUCCUUUGUCACCAUAAAUAUGUGUAGUCUUUUGGUCUAUGUAAAUAUGUAUUGUACAGUCCUCUAUAUAGAGAAAAUAUCUUGGUCAAUGUAGUUCUCUGUAUAGUAAAUUGGUCUGAUCUAUUGCAUUUGGAAAGCUGACAUCUAUGUGAGAGUAUCAGAACGUAUAAAGACCACUAUACUUAUAUUACAACAUUCCAAAAAAAUUGCAUCAUAAAAACUA